AUGGAGAAAAAGAGCCUCGAAAUUAUAACCGUUGAACACAACCACAUGGACAAAUACAGGAGAAGAAUCAUAGACCGAAAUCUCAACUUAGAAGCUAUAGACAUAGGACAUGCAAUCUACGAACAGCCCCCCCCCAUAACCCUGAGUCGUCCAUCCUAUAAACGAACGAAACAAGAAGGAAACCAUGAAUCCUUAGUAUCAACCCAAAAAAUCAACAGAGAGCAUCUCGCCCAUAAGAGCAAGGUUAGAGCGGGAUGCAUGAUAGAGUGUGGAACCUACAACUCCAAAUAUGAACCCAAACAGCUGAAAAUAAAAAGGAGGUACAAAACCAAAAAUCAGGCAACAUAA